UGGCGUAAUGCGCCACUCUCUCUCCGAUCAAACGGACCUCACGCUUUCAAACGACCGAAACACGGACUCGGAGGAUCGGAGUUUAGCCGGAACCCUCAUGGCUGCAAAGAUUCUUGCCAAUUUGAUUGUAAUGGGCUCUGGGAUUUUGGCAAGGGCAUUUGUUCAAGCAUACCGUCAAGCUCUUGCAAAUGCGUCAAAAUCUGGUGUUGCUCAAGAAACAAUACAAAAUACCGUUCGUAGAGCAAGCAAAACAAUGGCUGAGCAAGAGGCAAGGCAGAUUCUAGGUGUCACUGAGGAGGCCACCUGGGAGGAGAUCCUGAAGAAAUAUGACAAUCUGUUUGAGAAGAAUGCUCAAAAUGGGAGCUUUUAUCUUCAGUCAAAGGUUCACAGGGCUAAGGAAUGUUUAGAAGCUGCAUACCAGAGCGAAGGUCAAGGUACAGCAGGUUGAGCAUCCUUCCUGCUGUACUUGUGUUUAGUGGCUAACAUUCUUGUAUAAUAAAUGUUUGAUGUCUAAAAUGGAAGGGAAAAAGUAACGAGAAAAGAUUAAAGAACUUGCAACUUAUCAUAUUUAAAAUUUAUUUCAGGGUGGCAUUUCAAAGCACA